AUGUAUUUGGGUUUGUUUUUACAACUGUUGAGUUUGGUUAAUGCUGUUUAUGCAACGAUUUCUUUGGUUUCAGUCGAAUCAGAACGGUAUAGGGAACAUUUUAAAUCCACUGGUGUAUCUGGGUUGUCCCAGUUUUUGAAGCAUGUUUCAGCCGAAGAACCGGUUAUAAUUCUUAAGUUUGAUAAAUUCAAUUUAUAUGGGGAAUUUGCAUCAUCUAGAGGUGGGCAAUAUCCAUUUCUCGAGGACUAUUUAGAUAGUGAUUCACAUUUGGUAUUGAAUAAUGAUGAGGAUAUAUCUCAGCAGGAUUCGUACUCUUCGAUAGAGAUAGCACAACUCCCGGAGCAUGUUACAGAUGGAAUAAAGCUCAAGAUUAAAGAUACAAGUGAUGUUUUGUUGAUGCGGUUCUCCGAAGGGCAAUAUAAUUUGGAUAUGCUCGACAGGUUUUUACUGGAAACUUACCAGCACUUUGGGGAAUUGGUGCCAAAGUUGGGCAGUUUAGUGUUUCAGUUUCCUGAGCAUGAUUCAAAAUCUUCUGAUUUCAGUGUAUCGAAUAUGGCCAAGAAAUCUCCGGAGGAGCAAGAUAGUGGUUCUAUUGGGAUCACUAAGGUACAGGAUGAAGAUACAGAUGCCGACAAAUCGAAAGAUGAGUUGAGCAAGACUUGGACGGAGGGGUUGUUAAGUUGUCUUCUUGUAUCGUUGCUUUUGCUCUUUAUCUUGGUUGUUGCUACCUCCUGGGUUUUGUCUUUGGACAUCUCAUAUGGAGCUUUAGAGAAGUCUACGAACCCAUUAAAAAAGACCAACUAG